UUGUAUUCAGUCAAGUAAAUUGAAAGCUUACGGAAAUGGGAGAGAACCAAGUUCAUCAAUCUCUGAAAAGGCCUCAUUUCAUCAUAAUCCCGCCUCCUUUCCAGGGUCACAUAAAUCCGUCAGUCCAGUUAACUUUGAAGCUCGCAUCAAGGGGCUUCACCGUCACCUUCGUCAACACAGAGUUCUCUCAUGACCAAAUCAAAAAAUCACGGAAGCAUCUCAGCAAUGGAGAGGAUGAUGAUGACAUAUUUGCCGGUUCCCGUGAGUCGGGUCUGGAUAUCCGUUACAGGACAGUCAGCGACGGAUUCCCGUUGUCAUUUGAUCGGUCCUUGCACCGUGACCAGUUCGUAGAGGGCCGCAUACAUGUUUCCCCGGCGCACGUGGAUGACCUUGUCGGGAAGCUGAUGGCUUCUGAUCCCCCGCCAACGUGCUUGGUUGCCGAUUCCUUUUCAACCUGGGGAUCCUCUAUUGCCUGGAAAUAUGGGCUUGUCAAUGUUUCAUUUUGGACUCAACCAGCGGUAGUUUUCAUGCUGUACUACCACUUGGACUUGUUGAAGAAAAAUGGUCAUUACGGUUCGAAAGUUCUCCGCAAAGACACCGUAGAUUACAUUCCAGGCGUGGCGUCGAUAGAACCCAGAGACCUGACCUCAUUUCUCCAGGAGACCGACACUUCGACUGUUAUGCACCGGCUAAUCGAGAAAGCCUUUCAAGAUGCGAAAAACGCUGAUUUGAUAAUCAUUAACACUGCGGAAGAGCUGGAGCCCGGACCAAUUUCCGCUCUGAAAGAGAAGCAUCCCACUUAUGCAAUCGGGCCCAUAUUUCCAUCACACUUCACUAACCGGGCCGUGGAAAUGAACCUAUGGUCUGAAUCAGAUUGCACCCGCUGGCUCGACGGCAAGCCUCCGGGCUCAGUUCUGUACGCCUCGUUUGGUAGCUUUGCCCAUAGCAACAAAGAAGAUAUCGAGACAAUUGCAAACGGGCUUUUGCUUAGUGGUGUUAGUUUUAUUUGGGUGCUGAGGCCCGAUAUAGUGAGCUCUGAGGUUAAAGACUUUUUGCCAAACGGGUUCCAAGAAAAUGUGGGAAAUAAGGGUUUGGUCGUGCCAUGGUGCAAACAAAACGUCGUGUUAGCGCAUUCUGCUGUCGGAGGGUUUUUGACACACUGUGGGUGGAAUUCGACACUGGAGAGCAUUUGGGUCGGACUGCCGCUGAUAUGUUUCCCUUUGGUAGGUGAUCAAACGACAAACCGGAAGCUCGUGGUGGAUGAUUGGAAGAUUGGGAUAGAUCUUUGCAAAGGAAAACUUGUGUCGAGUGAUGAAGUUGCCGAAAGGAUUAAGUUGUUAAUGUGUGGAGAGACUUCCAAUGAAUUGAGGAAGAAUGUUACAAAAUUGAGGAAGAAACUGGAGAGUGCAUUGGGCAGAAACGGAGCAUCGCAGAUGAAUUUUGACAAAUUCGUGGACGAUGUCAAGGACAGAAUUGAGAGGCGCAAGAAGAAAUUUUAACGGGGCAUGCAGCUUCUCUGAAUAAUCGAAUCAUGCUAUUUCUUUUUUAUUUUCUUCUCUUUCGCAAAAAAUAAAACUAGCUGAGUUUGAAAAUAAGUGAUGGUAGUUUUUUCUUUUUUUUUAAAAAAAAAAAAAAAAAAGUAAUAAGUUAGCAAUCACCUGUACUAUUUUAUUAAAACUCAACCCCUUAUAUCUUAUUUACUUUGUGAUAUGAGAAUAGAAAAAGGCAUUUACUAA